GAUACGGGACAGAUACGGGAGCCAGCAAAUAUUGUGGCCAGCUGUGUUUGAUGGUACGGUACGGGACAGAUACGGGAUAGCGCCAGGCAAAGCUGUGUGGACCCUGGCUAGCGCCGGACGUUACUGAAGUAACGUCUUCUGCAUAGCUACAUGAUUAAAUGUCUUCUCUUAUAAUUAUUGUUUUCAGCUGAAUUUGGGAACUAAUUGGUUGUUGAGUAUUUUGCAAAAGGUUUUCUAAUCCUCAUGGAUGCCAAAUAAUAACGGUGCAACACGCUAAAUUUUGUCUUGCUUGCUGAAUCUACAUUGCAAAAUGAGCACCUCGAGUUUAUUUUGGAGUGCGUGCUGCGCAUUCUUCUUUGUCAUCACACUUUCGGGCAAGGUCCAGGGAACUGAAUUGCAGACAAGGUUCACAUGCGGCUGCACUACAUCAGAUCUUUCGUUCUGGAAGACUACAGCAAUUGCGACCAUCAGCGUCCUCGUGAUCUGCAUCAUGGGCAUUGUCGGCCUUCUAUCAGCCCUUCACGUCAGACAGCGAGAUACACAGCAGCUCUAUAUCAGAUAUCGUCGUCUUUCACAGAAGACCGGGGACAGUAUGCCUGCACAGGCCGCAGAGGACACCAUCUGUGAUGUGCGUCGAGAUGGCAACGUUCAGCGUAUUCAAGAUUCAACCCGGAUCCGAAAUGAAUGCCUCCGGGCAAGUGACAUACUGCCUUCUGUCACCGAGAUAGGAGACUUUGAAGAUGAAGAUGCUUAUGCAAAACCUCUAUACACAUAUCCGCAGGGACGUAGCUCUCCCGCAGUUGAUGAGGCACAGCCAACACAGGUUGCAGUGAAGGCAAGUGGAGGACACACGCAUGGAUCUGAUCUUGCCAAACGCUCAACAUUUAUGCUAGGUGUCACCAAAACUCAACAGCGAAGCAUGAAGUCAAAGUCUAUACCAAGCGAAGACAGGAUCUCGUCUUUCACAUAUGGCCCAGAAUCUGCGAAAACCAGGCUUAGGGUGAAAUUUCACAAAAUGACUUUUUCCCAUUUUCAGCUUCUACUAGGCAUAGGAGAGGAUCCGAAAGACCGGAUGCAGGAUGUUGUUCCAUACAUGACUACACCCAACACAAAUUUGCAAGGCGACCGCAUUGGACAGGUCCCAGAAGUGCACGAAGACAGCGAUAUCUACGAAGCAGCAGAUGACACUGACUAUGUAGAGGAUGAAAUCUACUUGAACGCCGAUGUCCGAGGUGAUUGCUCUCCCUCCUCCAGUUGUUACAUGGCAAUGGUGUAA